UUUGCCACAUUUGACUAUAAGCUGCUCAUUUUCAAAGAACCGAUUGAAAAUAAAAAAGCUGGUUUUGGAGGAACCAAAGGCGGCAAAGCAAGCAAAGCCAUGGCCGGCAUGUGAGACCCCCCUCCCAUUUCUCUCUCUCUACGCUUCUCCGCCUCAACUCUCCCUCCCACCAAUGUCUUCCACCUCGAGGUCUCUCCGAUCCUCCAUAUCUCCCUUCCGCUCAAGAAAGCCGCCGGCACCACCCCCUCCGACGGCGGCGAAAGGCGGCGGAGCUCGGCCCUCGACUCCUUCCUCGGCGUCUUCUUCGUCUUCUUCUAAGCGUCCUUCCAAACCUCCGAUUUCUCCGGCGAGCCCUGCUACUCCGGCCUUUGACCGCCCAGAUGCGAGCAAAACCAAGGAGAAUGUGACUGUCACUGUCAGGUUUCGUCCUCUCAGUGUUAGGGAGAUUAACAAAGGGGACGAGAUUGCUUGGUAUGCAGAUGGGGACUACACGGUUCGGAACGAGUUCAAUUCUAACAUUGCUUAUGGUUUUGAUAGAGUGUUUGGUCCAGCAACAACUACUCGUCAUGUUUAUGAUGUUGCUGCUCAGCAGGUUGUCAAUGGUGCCAUGCAAGGAAUUAACGGUCAUCAAUGACUUGCUUGAUCCCACGGGCCAGAAUCUACGAAUACGAGAGGAUGUUCAGGGAACUUAUGUAGAAGGAAUCAAAGAGGAAGUUGUUUUGUCUCCUGCUCAUGCUCUUUCUUUGAUAGCAUCUGGUGAAGAGCAUAGGCAUGUUGGUUCUAAUAAUUUUAAUUUACUUAGCAGUCGGAGCCAUACUAUAUUCACCUUGACUAUUGAAAGUAGUCCACGUGGGGAAAAUCAAGGGGAAGACGUGACCUUGUCACAGUUGAAUUUGAUUGACUUGGCUGGAUCCGAAAGUUCCAAAACGGAGACGACUGGCUUGCGAAGAAAAGAGGGUUCAUACAUUAAUAAAAGCUUACUUACCCUUGGCACCGUGAUAUCUAAAUUAACAGAUGAGAAGGCUACUCACGUUCCUUAUCGAGAUUCAAAACUCACUCGUUUGUUGCAAUCGUCCCUCAGUGGCCAUGGGCGUGUUUCUCUUAUUUGCACCGUGACACCUGCCUCUAGCAAUAGUGAAGAAACACACAAUACACUGAAGUUUGCCCAUCGGAGCAAACAUGUGGAAAUCAAGGCUUCUCAGAAUAAGAUUAUGGAUGAUAAGUCUCUCAUUAAAAAGUAUCAGAAGGAAAUUUCCUGUUUAAAACAAGAGCUUCAGCAAUUGAAGCGGGGUAUGAUGGAGAAUCCGUAUACGAUGGCAUCUAACCAGGAAGAUUUGGUUAAUUUAAAGCUUCAGUUAGAAGCUGGGCAGGUCAAGUUACAGUCAAGAUUGGAAGAGGAGGAGCAGGCCAAAGCUGCUUUGAUGGGAAGAAUUCAGAGACUAACUAAACUAAUCUUAGUUUCGACAAAAAACACAAUGCCGUCAAAUAUUCCCGAAAAGGCUGGCCAUAUACGAAGGCAUUCUUUUGGGGAAGAUGAGCUAGCAUAUCUGCCAGAUAGAAAACGAGAAUAUAUGAUUGAUGAUGAUGCUGGAAGUCAUGUUUCUGAAAUUUCAGCAGAUGGAAGAAGUGACGUCGCUAAUCUAGAUGACCUGGUUAAAGAUUACAGAAGAAAUAGAAGGCGAGGAAUGCUUGGCUGGUUUAAACUAAAAAAGCCUGAGAAUCUGGUUGGCUUAUCACCUGGUAGUGAGAGUGGGAGUUCUGCAAGUGGGUCACCAGCAUCCCGUCCAAAACCAUCGCAAAAUAGAGUCAUGUUUACUGAUAAUAAAGAUGUAAGGAGAAAAUCAAUUAGUAGGAGGGGGGAUGAACCUUCGGCCGUUGACUCUCUUCCGGAAAGAACCCAAGCUGGCGACUUGUUUAGCGCUACAGUUGGAGGUCGUCAUCUACUGCCGACUGGGACAACUAUUAUCGAUCAAAUGGAUCUUCUCCGUGAGCAGGUGAAAAUGUUAGCUGGGGAAGUGGCACUGAGUACUAGUUCUCUGAAAAGACUGUCGGAGCAAGCAGUUAGCAACCCUGAAGACUCACAACUUCAGGAGCAAAUGCAGAAACUGAAGGAUGAAAUUAAAGAAAAAAAACUCCAAAUACGAGUGCUAGAGCACCGUAUGGUUGGGUCAGUAGAGAUGACUCAGCAUGCUUCAAAUAGCAUCGAAAUGUCUCAGGCUUUGUCCAAACUUACUACUCAGCUAAACGAAAAAACUUUCGAUCUCGAGAUUAAAACAGCUGAUAAUAGAAUACUCCAAGAACAACUACAAUUGAAGGUAUCAGAGAAUGCUGAGAUGCAAGAAACGAUUCUUCUACUGAGGCAACAGCUUGAUUCUUUAUUACCAGAGAAAACGUAUGGCUGUCUACAACACCCUGCAGACAUUGGAGUCACCAGACACAAUACUUGUGCUGAGGACUUUUUGGAGAGGAGAUAUGGGGAAACUUGUAUUGAUGAAAGUACUCCUACAAGUGUUAUGAGUUUGAAUAGAAUAUUCUCCCAAGAGGAGUCCAAAGAGUGCAAUAGUGAUACUACUUUGCAUUCCCAGCUACUUAUGCAGGCUGCUGAAAUAGAGACACUGAGCCAAGAAAAGGUGAAAAUGACUGAAGAAAAGGACAAGCUUGAAAUUCACUGCGAAAAACUGACUGAGGAAGCUUCCUAUGCAAAAGAGCUGGCUGCAGAUGCAGCAGUUGAGCUGCGUAACUUGGCUGAAGAAGUGACAAAACUUACUUACCAAAAUGCUAAACUGACUGCUGAUCUGGCUGCUGCAAAGGAGGCUUGUUGUAUAUCUAACUCCUUUCAAAGAUCUGCUUCAUUUGAUGUGAAGAAAAAUAGUGGCAAUGAUGCUCAACCUGAUGCAUGCUCAAGAAAACCCGACAAUGUAUUGGUGGGGGAGUUGCAGCAUGAACUUAACACAAGAUACCAAAAAGAAACUUCUUUGGUAACCGCAUUAUCUGAGAGUGAUGAAAUAGCAGAUGAGCUGCGGAAAAGACUUAAUGAAGCAAAGUGUCGUGAAGAAGAUCUAGAAAAUGAGCUGGCCAAUAUGUGGGUGCUAGUUGCAGAGAUGAGGAAGUCUGGCAUGAAUUAUGAGGACAUUUCUUCACAGGGGGAUCAUGUUUCUAACAAUUUGCAAACAGUAGUUGGAAAUAGAUUUUCUUCAUCUAAUGGUGUUUCCAAAAAACCAUAUGAACAAGACAACAAAUGUGGAAACAUGAAUGAGAAGAGUACAUUUGAAGAAUUAAAAGCUAAUUACCACAGAGAAAGGAGAAGGUGCAAAGAACUAGAAAGUUUGGUUUUGAGAUUGAAGGGAGAUGAUAUUUCUGGUCUCGAUAUCACUUCUCUUGAAGAACUUCAAAACCUUCAUGUUGAGGCUAUUACGAAGAUUUGCCAUGCGAAGUUCUCAAAUCAUGCCUUCUAACAUGCUGGAGUGGAGAUUCUGAUGCAUAGGUAUUAUGUAGGUCGAAUGCAUUCCUGUACAGUGAAUUCAGAACGAUAACCAUUCAUGUCUCGAAGAGGUCUGUGGUCCUCGGUUAUUUUGUGCAACCAACAACAAUGGAGAUGAACUUGUUGGAAGCUGAGAUUGUGCAGCUAACUUGUAGUGAGAAUGGAACCAAGUGACUGUAUAACAUAGACAUCCUCUUAUAAAAUUUGUAUUGCCUUUGUAUUUGGGAUAUACCCUUGAUGUACAUGUCCUACUGUGACAGUAGAACAAAAAACUCUCAUGAACCUCCUAUAACUGAACAAUUGUAUGUAUUUGUCAUGUAUAAUUGCAUUAUGCUAUUUUUGAUUUUUUAUUUUGAGCUCCUUUUGCUGCCCAGCUUAUUCUUUUCCCAAA